UGUUCCAAUCUUCGACAUCUCGGGGCGAUGGUUGAGUGCUCGAAGCGACCUGGCGUCCUUGCCGUAUGCAAAAUAUUUCACAUUAACGAAACCAAUAAGUUACUCAUAGACAUAAUAAGCGAACAAGGCAAAAUAUGGACUAAAGUGAUAGCAAGAAAUCCUAAAUCAUUAUCUGCACUUAGUGCAGGGAAGGCAUCAUAUGGUGCUCGUUCUAUUUUGGAUCAAGCUGAGGAUUAUUUGGAAUGUGCAAAGCUUUAUCCAUGUAUGUACCAACCUCCAAAGGUGAUAUUUGAAUUUAUGAGUGGUAUAGAAGAAAACUUAGCAAACAAAUUAAAAGCUAUUGGUAUUAUUGUAAAAGGUGAAAUUUUACCAAACUCUGUAUAUAUUGAAGAUUGUGAUGAUUCAUGGAGUUCUGAGUCUAGCGAUGAAGAAUCUCUGUGCAAUCAACAAUCAUCGUUAGAACAAGUCUCACAGUGUAUGGAAGAACAUCCUAAGAUUGACACAUUAAAUCUAGAUGUUACUGCAAUGAUGGCUUAUGUUAGUAAUAUGACAAAUGGACACUGCAAUUAUGUAUUUAUACAAGAGGUACUAACACAGCAAUGUGCUUGGGAAGCUGAGAGACCAGUUAAACCUGUUUUGGAAAGAUUAUUUGAAGGAAAAUCCUUAGUAUGCUGCAGAACGGCAUGGGACGACUUUGAGAAGAUAGUAAAUACAUUGGGCGGACCAAUGGAAAAGGUUAGAACAGAAGAAUUAAAGAAAAUGGUGGAAGUAUUUCCUGAUGAUUAUGGAGGUGAUGAUGAUUACCCUAGACAUAAUCUUAAAGUGAGAGGUCAUGUCCGGUUGAGGUCUAAAAUAAUUUUUAAUUUUGGCCACAGAAUAAAAGCUCUUACUGUUUCUGCCAAUGAGGGAUUUUUGAGGUCUUCUCUUCAACAGGGUGUAACAUAUGCAGCAUUUAUUCAUGAAUCAAGAGCUCUUACCGAAGGCAAGGAGAGUACUGCCAAAAAAAUUGAAUUAUGAUAUGCCCCAAUUCAAUUAAUCUCAAUAUACACAAGUAUACAUGAAAGUACUUAAUUGUAAAAUCAUGAUAUUUUUAUUUCUCAAUGUAUAUGACCUGUAAUUUAUUUCUUAGGAUUAUUUAUAAUUAUUCAUAUUUAUUGGCUUUUAUUAUGUGGAAAUUUUACUUAUUUGUAUUCAGCAUAAUGUUAUUAUUUUUUUUUUAUAUAUGGGUGACUGACUUGAUUCAGGUUUCAGUGUGCUUUAGCAAUUUUAAACUAAUAAAAAAAUUGUCAUGCUAUUUUACAUACAAAUGUUAAAAUUUUAUUCUUAAUGUGAUACAUCGCUUUAUUAUUUAGCAUAAAAUAGGGAGUUAUGUAAUGGAUGCAAUAAAUGUAAUUAAACCUAAUUGCUUAGUUACUAGACGAGUGCUCUCAUCACUAUCGGUUUUUUCGGGCAAUCCCAGCGCUGGUCGCCACAUUCAUUUUGACCUGCAUCAUGGUGAAAAAAAUAGUAUAGAGUGAAUUCGUUAUGUGAUGUUUCAAAAUAUAUGCAAAGAGAAGAACAAAGAAUCAAUGAACCAAUAGGAAAGUUUUUGUUCAACAAGAUUAAAUACUUUCAUUAUAAGACUGCAUCUUUGAACUAUCAGGGGAAAAUUAAUUUAUGAUUUGUGUCACUUCAGGCAUCAGCGUGAAAGUCUAUUUCAUACCACUUCGUUAUUUUUGAGUGCAUCUGUGCAACAACCGCUCGCCUAUCGUACAGCGUGGUAGUUUUGUAAUGAAAUAGGCAUGCAGAUUUUAUUUUUUAUAAAUGUUAGCAAACCACGACUUGAAUUAACUGUGGCUGUGUGCUCCACGUCCUCAAAUGUGAUAAACGAAUAAAUAAAUAUAUUAUGUGUUUUAUAA